UUCAAAAUAAAAAUACCGUAUUUUUUGGUGUUUCUCAUUGCUAUCGAUAAUUGUUCAUCGAUUAUUGCAGACAUCAUAUGUGGAAUAAUUGAACGCAUUUUUGUUGCCGGCAAACGUCGAAAGUAUAAAACCUUAAUUUUAACAUAUUAAUACGGAAUGGCGCAAUCACAACAAAAUAAUGACUCCAGAGUGCCAGAUGAAGAGAGCGAUCUAUUACAAAUUAAGCCGCUAGGAGCUGGCCAAGAAGUAGGACGCUCAUGCAUCAUGCUGGAGUUCAAGGGUAAGAAAAUAAUGUUGGACUGUGGCAUACAUCCUGGACUAUCUGGCAUGGAUGCACUCCCCUAUGUGGACUUAAUAGAAGCUGAUGAAAUUGAUUUGCUAUUCAUAUCACAUUUCCACUUGGAUCACUGCGGCGCUCUGCCAUGGUUCUUAAUGAAAACAAGCUUUCGCGGUCGUUGCUUUAUGACACAUGCCACCAAAGCAAUUUACCGCUGGAUGCUCUCAGAUUACAUUAAAAUCAGUAAUAUAUCCACAGAGCAGAUGCUUUACACAGAGGCUGACCUGGAGGCAUCCAUGGAAAAAAUUGAAACAAUCAAUUUUCACGAGGAACGGGAUGUGAUGGGUGUUCGCUUCUGCGCCUAUAACGCUGGCCAUGUACUGGGCGCUGCAAUGUUCAUGAUAGAGAUCGCUGGUAUUAAGAUCCUUUAUACGGGCGACUUUUCACGUCAAGAGGAUCGUCAUUUGAUGGCCGCCGAGGUGCCGCCCAAAAAACCAGAUGUGUUGAUCACAGAAUCAACCUAUGGCACCCACAUACACGAAAAACGCGAAGAUCGCGAAAGUCGUUUCACAUCGCUGGUGCAAAAAAUCGUAAUGCAAGGUGGUCGCUGUCUCAUUCCAGUGUUUGCCUUGGGCCGUGCCCAAGAGCUACUGUUGAUAUUGGAUGAGUUCUGGUCACAGAAUCCGGAUCUUCACGAGAUACCCAUAUAUUAUGCCUCCUCGCUGGCCAAAAAAUGCAUGGCCGUCUAUCAGACUUAUAUCAAUGCCAUGAACGAUCGCAUUCGUCGUCAGAUUGCUGUGAACAAUCCAUUUGUCUUUCGUCAUAUUUCCAAUUUAAAGGGCAUCGAUCACUUUGAUGAUAUUGGACCUUGUGUGAUAAUGGCGUCGCCGGGUAUGAUGCAGUCAGGAUUGUCGCGGGAGCUCUUCGAAAGCUGGUGCACAGAUCCCAAGAAUGGCGUCAUCAUAGCCGGUUACUGUGUGGAGGGCACACUUGCCAAGACCAUUCUAUCCGAGCCAGAGGAGAUAACAACCUUAUCUGGCCAAAAGCUGCCAUUGAACAUGUCCGUCGAUUAUAUAUCCUUCUCGGCUCAUACAGAUUAUCAACAGACGAGUGAGUUUAUACGCAUGCUAAGACCCAACCAUGUGGUUCUCGUCCAUGGAGAACAGAAUGAGAUGUCACGCUUAAAGCUCGCGCUGCAACGUGAAUAUGAAGCAGACGCCAGCACGGACAUCAAAUUCUAUAAUCCCCGCAAUACUCACGCUGUAGAUCUCUACUUCCGUGGCGAGAAAACUGCUAAGGUGAUGGGUCAUCUGGCGGCUAAGAAACCAGAGGUGGGUAGCAAACUCUCUGGCGUGUUGGUAAAGCGCGAUUUUAAGUACCAUCUGCUGGCACCCUCGGAUCUGGGCAAGUACACAGACAUGAGCAUGUCUGUGGUCACACAGCGUCAGUCAAUACCUUGGACCAGUUCGUUGGCCACGCUUCAACUACUGCUCGAUCGAAUAGGCGCGGGUUGUGUUGAGAUUGUCGAGCCAGACCGUAAACUACGUGUCUUCAAUUGCGUUGAACUGACUGUGGAGCAAAAGAUUAUUGUCAUGGAAUGGCAUGCGACUCAUGUGAAUGAUGUCUACGCGGAUGCUGUACUGGCUUGCCUAAUGCAAUCCGAAUUGGGUGGCACAAACAUCAAAGGUGCUACGAAGCAAACCAAAUCAGAGGAAUCUCGCUUUCGAGAAUGCCUCAUCGAGACACUGCAGGAUACCUUCGGCGACAGCUGCGUGCCCAAGCUGUUCAAAGGCGAUUUGCUGCCGGUUACCGUCAGCGGCAAGCACGCCGAAAUUAAUUUGGAUACAUUGACUGUGCAAUGUGUCGAGGAUGAGGUGCUGAGGCAAAUGCUAAAUACUACCGUGCAGAAGCUUCACCAGACACUGGUGUCUGUUCAUUGAAACAAUUCCAACUCACAUGUGAAUCCUCUUUAUUAAUCAUUAUUAUAAGUUUUCCAUUCAAAUGUUGUACAAUAAAACUCGGAAUUUAGUUAUUUA